UGGGUCCCACUACCAAAAGCACAGAAAAGCAAGCAUAAUAGGUGAUUGUAAUAACUUGAACCAAAAUUGCACACAAAAGUUUUCCCCAUCUAAUUUUUUUGGUGGGCAGAUCAAUCAGACAGCCAUAUUAUAUAUCACUCUUCUGACAUUUCUCUGCUGCUUAAUUCUUGAAAACCCAAAAUCAAAAAAAAAAAAAUCAUAAAAUACUCAAAUUUCAGUUACACAGAAAUUUUAACCACCACUGCCAGCAAAACGGCCCUCUUUUUUAAUAGGGUUCUUGUUUUGAUCAGGGUUCCCGCCGGUGGCAGAGUUGUAAAUUGAAGUGAGAGAGAAUAAAAAAAAAGGAAGAGUCUUGAAAUCUCUGUUUCAGUUUUUUUUUUCUUUUUGUGUGUGUGGGAAAUGACUCAGAUGGUGGUUGCUGGCGGCGGCGAUGGGAGCUCCGGCGGGCGGACGGUGGUGGUGGGGGUGAAGCUGGACUCACACAGCAGAGAAUUGCUGACGUGGGCUCUCGUGAAAGUUGCCCACGCUGGUGAUUGCGUCAUUGCACUCCACGUCCUUGACAACAAUCAAAUAGUGGAUCGUGACGGAAAAUCAUCCCUUCUCUCUCUGGUUAAAGCUUUCGACUCCAUUCUUGAAGUUUACGAAGGCUUCUGCAACUUAAAACAGGUAGACCUAAAACUGAAAAUAUGCAGAGGUACGUCGAUCAAGAAAAUCCUCGUACGAGAGGCGAAAUCUUAUUACGCGUCCGAGGUUAUUUUAGGAACUGCUCAGACUCGCCAUACUAUUCGUUCGUCAGCUUCCGUUGCUAAAUACUGCGCACGGAAGCUCGACAAAAAUUGCUCGGUUUUAGCCGUAAAUAAUGGCAAAAUUCUCUUUCACAGAGAAUCGAAUUCAUCCUCUCGUAUUACCGUUAAAGAAAUCGAAAAUCACCGACGAAAUGGUUUACUCAACGCCCUUCAACGAUCAUUCAGCAAAAACACUAAAGUGCUUAACAGUGAUUAUGGUAAUAAUAAUAAUAAGACAAUGUUGCUGACAUGGAAAGAAGAAGGUGGUAAAUCGGAACAAAGAAAAUGUUCGAUUUGUUCGGUGGGACCCGAUGAAGAGCCUUUAAACGAAGACAGUAAAGCUAUUGUCUCGGUACAUAAACUAGAGGAGGCUGCAGCUUCUAGUUCGAAUAUUUCACUAUUAUUAAAAGAAUUACCGGAAAUAAAACCAGGUUGGCCGCUUCUCCGUCGAGCGAUGAUGACAUCAUCAUCGUAUAAUUCCACAGUGAGGCAAAUCUCCGUGGUUCAAUGGGCAAUGAGACUACCGAGUAGAUAUCAAUACCAUAUCUCGAUCGAGAAUAAUUCUGACCAAUCUUCUGCAGUUCAGAACGGUGCAGUUCUUACAGUUGGUUAUAACGAGACCUUAUCCGUUUCCUCAUCGUCGCUCGAGUGCAAUUCAAGAACCUUACCGGAGGAACUCGAGGGUUUUCACGAGAAGUACUCCGCCAGCUGUCGACUGUUCGAACUCAGAGAACUUGUUUCGGCCACGUCCAAUUUCAGACAUGUGAUAGGUAAAGGAGGUAGCAGCCGGGUUUACAAAGGGUGCCUUCCAGAUGGAAAAGAACUUGCGGUGAAGAUAUUAAAACCGUCGGAAGAUUCUCUCAAAGAAUUCAUUCUCGAAAUCGAGAUUAUUACAGCUUUGCAUCACAAAAAUAUUAUGUCGCUUUUCGGAUUUUGUUUCGAGGACAAUCAUCUCGGUUUGGUGUACGAUUUUCUAUCCAGAGGAAGCCUCGAAGACAAUCUUCAUGGUAAUAAAACGGAACAGGUGGCGGUGUUUGGGUGGAUCGAGAGAUUUAGAGUUGCUGUGGGUGUAGCUGAGGCUUUGGAUUACCUUCACAACCGAGAAGAUCAACCCGUUAUUCAUAGAGAUGUUAAGUCUUCGAAUAUACUUUUAUUCGACGAUUUCGAGCCGCAGCUUUCGGAUUUCGGACUUGCUAAAUGGGCGUCGGCAAAUUCUACUCACACAACAUGCAGCGAUGUUGCCGGGACUUUUGGAUAUUUGGCUCCUGAAUAUUUUAUGUACGGAAAAGUAAACGAGAAAAUCGAUGUAUAUGCGUACGGAGUGGUUCUUCUCGAGCUUUUGUCGGGUAGAAAACCGAUUAGUAGUAACUGCCCAAAGGGCCAAGAGAGCCUUGUUAUGUGGGCAAAGCCAAUUUUAAAUUCCGAAAAAUUCGUUCAAUUAUUGGACCAUAAUCUGGGCAACAAUUACGAUCACGAGCAAGUUGAGAGAAUGGUUUUAGCUGCUUCACUCUGUAUUAGACGUGCACCGAGAGCUCGACCUCAAAUGAGUGUUGUUCUCAAGCUUCUAGAAGGUGACGAAGAGGUAGUGAAGUGGGCAAGAUUGCAAGUGAAUGCUUCUCACGAGGUUUGCGAAGAAGGGAUUGAUGCAAUAGACGAAGAGAUAUUUUCGAAAUCGAAUCUUCAAUCACAUUUGAAUCUUGCAUUGCUCGGUGUGGACGAAGAUUCUCUUUCGGUAAGUAGCAUCGAGCAAAGCGUUUCUUUGGAAGAUUAUCUACGCGGCAGGUGGAGUCGUUCCUCUAGCUUCGAUUAAUCGAUUUUUUUUUAUAUUGGAAGAUUUAUAGGGGUGUGAUUAUUUUUCGGGUUUUUUUUUCGUUUGCUCGUUGUUCGAUGUGGGCUUGGAUGUGAGGUUGUUUGUGGCUAUGUGCAUGCCCUCCUCCUUCCCUUUGUAGUUGUGAAGGUGAAGCAAUUUUAUAUUUUUUUUUCAAGAAUGAUUAGUGUAUGAUUUCAAUUUGCAUGAAAGAUUUGAUGAGUUUUGGUUGUUGUAUGACUCAUUAUCAAAAGUGUAAUGUACAAUCUUUACAUGAUAUAUAUUCAUUAGUCUUUUUUUUUUUAAA